AUGAUUAAUAUUGAGCUUUUAGUCAAAAGAUGCUGGUAAACAAUAUUUAGUGCUCCAUGCCAUGCAGCAAAUUUUAUACUUUCAAGAGUCACAAAACAAUUAAAUCUUACAUAUUCCUUAAAGCCUAUUGACUCAGAUUCUUCUCUUCUUAGACAAUACAAACAAAAAGUCCCAGUAAUCAGAGUUAAUGGAGAAGAAAUCGCCUGUUUAAAGAUUAGAGAAAGUGAAGUUCGCGAAAAGCUUAUUAGCUUAAUAAAUAAACCUUAG